CGACCCCAGUCACCAUGGUUGCAGGCCCGAUCGGCGUAAGCGCCGCCUGGAGCGUUUCUCUCUGAACCAAAAUGGCGGCUGCGCGGUAACCAGGGAUCCGCGUGAAUGCCAUAGUUACGCCACCCGCUGGUACCAUGAAGUCCAGCAAGACGAAAACCAAAGACGAUACUUGGAAGUCAGAUGAGCUGCUCAAGCAUAUCAAAGCCGUCCAAGGAGAUUAUACAGAUGAUAAUAGUAAAAAGACCAGAGAAAAGAAAAGACUUAAGGAUGAUGAAUCGACUGGGAUCUUUGACUCUAGGGAGCGUAGACAUAGGGGAAGGGAACAUGAUAAGGAGAGGGAGCAGGAUAAGGACAGACUGAGGAACAAAGACAAGGAAAGGGAUGGAGAUCAAUAUAAAGAAAGAGAGUAUGAAAAAGUACGGAAAAAAGUGAAGAAUGAUGAAAAGUAUAAAGAAAGAGAAAAGAAACAAGAAAAAGAAAGAGACAGACAUAAGGAUAGGGAUAGAGAUAAAGAGAAGAUUCCAGUAUGGGACCAAGACUUAGAAUAUGGUGCAGAUACAAGAGGUCAUGACAAAGAAAAACAAUGGGAUCUUUACACAGAGAGAUCAACAAAACAAGAACAUGAAUCCGAGAGACACCGAGAUAAGGAAAGAGACAGGAGAAAAGAAAGAGAGAAACUCCAGGAAAAAGAGAUACAAAAAGAUGAAAUUGUUGACCAGCGACCCAAAUAUCGGCAGAAAAGAGAUAAAGAAAAUUUGGAAUUUGAAAUGGAUGACAUAUAUGAACGAAAAGAAAGAAAACAUCGAGAGCGAAAAGAAAAGGAAGAGAGAAACAUUGAAAAUUUUGAAGAUAGUAAAGAGAAGAAAAGAAGGUCUUCUGAAUUUCGAGAUGAAGAUUAUGAUCGGCGAUACAAGGAACACAAGGAGUAUGGACCUCAUGAUGGACAUCGUGAAAAGCGACAUAAAGAAAGAAAAGAGCCUGCUGAAAAACCAGCGGUUGAAGAAAUGGCCAGGAAACAUAGAGUGAGAAAAGAAAAAGAAUACAAGGAAGAUGGGAGAAAACAACGGAAUAAAGAUAUGAAGAAUUCUUCCCUAGAGUUUAGGGACAGAGAGCGAGAACACAAAGACAGAGACAAAAGAGAUUGGGAAAGAAAGGAAGAUCGAGAGCGAAAACAUAAACAUAAAGUAAAGAAAGAAAAGGAAGAAAAAGAAAGACAAGAGGACUGUAAAGGGGAUUACAAUGAGGAAUCAAAUGGCAAAAGGAAAAAAGAACGGAAAUCUGUGCAAGAAACUAUAAAUGAUGGCCGAAGGAAAGGGAGUACAGCAGAACAAAUUGAUUCUCAAAAAAAAGCAAAUGAAACUCUUGCGGAAGAGCUCUUAUCUGUCUUUUCAACUAUGUUCCUGACAAAAUCGCAGGGUACAGGCAGAUUUCCAUCCACAUGGCGGUCCAGUCAGGCCGGAUUAAUUGAUGAUGAUGCAACUUUUAUUGAAGGAGAGGAGAUUGCUAUGGAGAGCCAGUCGACUAUUGAGUCAUCAAACUAUGGUGAUGACUUUGAGGACUACGAGGAUGACUUUGAGGAAGAGGAAUGUGAAGACGAAGAGGUACAGCAUGAAAGAGGGGAAAUUGCAGCAUAUCAGCGAGCUGAAAUUGAAGCAGUUCAAAAGGCCAUAACAGCAGAAAAUGAACAGGUCAGAGAAAAAUGCACUAAAAGCCUCAGAAAUACAUGUGAGGAAGAACUAAAUAGAGAUUUUGAAAACUCUCCGACCAUGGGACCUGUCCGAGGAACAUUCAUAGAUUUUGGGGCAGCCAAGCAGCGUGAAAUCAGUUCAAAUGUGGCUAGUAAACAAAAAAAGCGCAGUGCGGAGCUGCUCCGACUGAUUGACAUGGAUUUCUCUGUUAGCUUUUCAAUGCUUGAUUUACCCCCAUUGAAUGAGUACGAUGUCUACAUCAAGAACUUUGGACGCACAAACACCAAACAGGCUUUUGUUCAGUGCAAUGAAGACAAUGUGGACCGAGACGUUCAAACAGAUGAAAUUGAAACUGUUGAAAAGUGGACACAACAUCCUGGAGAGGGCAAUCUGCUAUGUGGAGCAGGUGCUAAUAUUAAUGAUGCCUUGUCCUUGGAUUCAAUGGCCAAAAGUAUUGACUCUCGCAGACUGACCAACUUCCUGAAAUCUGCUUGUCAGGUAAUCUCUGUGUUGCUUGAAGAAGAUCAAGCAGAUAACCAAGCCAGUCAGAAUGUACAGUCAAAAGCAACUAGUUUGUCUGUCAGUGAUGGGUGCACUCAAUUGAAUGUCAACUUGCCAUUUUUACAUGGUCGUGAGGUGUUAUGUCUACACUUUUCACAGGUCCAGAGACAAACUCUGCUUUCAGUCCACAGUCUUCCUAAAGAGCCUGGGGUUGUCCAACUAGCCAGCAAUUACGUGAUUUGUGUUUGGAAUAUCUGGGAACCUUCAGCACCUCAGAAAAUCCUUGUCUGCGAAUCUGAGGUACAAUGCUGCUGUUUUGGCCCAAAUAAUGUGGUAUCUGUGUUUGCUGGAACAGUAGAUGGCUCAGUCGUAGCUUGGGAUCUUCGCGAACAUUCCACUAUACACUACACUCUCCAGACUGGGGGCCAAGAAUGGACUCUCAGAACUCCAACAUUCUCAACUGAUGGCGUUCUCACAGCAAUCAAUCACUCCUGUGCAGUGAAAGCUGUCCAUCCAGUGUCAUCUGUUUGCUUUGAUAAUCAUGAUGUUGGGCUUUCCCUCUUUUCAUCCCAGAAAGGAAGUUCAGGACUGUCAUUUCAGCUUGCGACGCUAGAUGAAGGCGGUUUGCUUAAUUUGUGGGUAGUGGUCGAGCUACAAAAGGCAGAUCUUGCUGGUUCUUUAACAGAUUUGGGCCUUAUUCCAGGGGGGAAGAUAAAGUUGAUCCACAGCUCUUCUAUUGAGGUGAACAGCUUUUUCCCAAGAAAUUUCAUGCAGCUGGGACCUCCUCGGACUCUGAGCAUCAGGUUUCUGCCUUCUGAUCCUAAUCAUUUCUUUAUUGGAACAGAUACUGGUCUUGUGAGUCAUGGUACCCGUCAUGGCUUGCAAGCAGCACCGAGGCUAUACAAAUCUCAAACAAAUGGUGCCAGAGCUGUUCAAGUCACAUGUAUUGACUUCUGUCAUUUUGGAAAUACACUGUUCUUGAUUGGGUGUUCAGAUGGAACAAUUAGACUGCACUCAGUGACAACAGAGAAUCCUGUUAUUCAGUGGAAUGAAAGCACUCAGGGUCGAUCAAUCCAGGCCGUAUUAUGGGCACUGACUCGACCUGGCAUGUUUUUUGUUCUUGAUGCAUCAUCUCAUGUGUAUGUAUGGGAUUUAUUGCAAAAUGUUUCCAAACCUGUUGCAGAGGAGAGUCUUCUGUCAGAUAAGAUAACAGCUAUAGCUAUUCUUGGUGAUCCAGAGAAGCCAAGUGCAUCUUCAGGCCUCAUGUUGGCGAAGCAGUCUGGAGCAAUUGAGAUUCAGUAUCUAAUGAAGCAAUGGUCAGAGCCUCAUCUAAAUGAAUUAGAAACAUUGCACUAUAUUCUACAGAAAACUGCAUAGAACUGUGUACAGACUCUGAAAAGGACUCUGCGAGUUCAUCAACUUGCCCAUGAUUAUUAGUUUGUAAAUGUGCUACUUUUUGUACAGUCAGCUUUUUUGUAAAAGUUAUUUAUAAAAUUUCAUUAUAUAUCCAUUAUAGUACAUCAGAGGUACAAAGUAUUUAUCAAGCCACCUGUUUUAUAUGAUGUUUCUCCAUGCAUAUAGACAUGCAAAUACAAUAUAUUUUGUAGCUCACUGAAUAUACCAGACUAUUUUUGAGUAUUCUUUUUUUCUGUUGCAGGCUGCCAGGAAGCUAAUAUUAUUAAUGUGAUUACAAACUUUAAGAAUCCACAAAACUAGGCAAAUAGCUGUUAAUAACAGAUUGCAACACCCAUGAUAGAAAUUACAUAGUGAUAAGUAACAACUUUUGUUUUUAUUACUCAUGUGUAGUUAUGUACAUGUGGUUUAAUUACUGAACGUAGAAUUCAUCUGCCUGUGAUAUAACAAUGGUAGUAAAGGCAAAAUAGUGAAUACAGAGGUAAAAUUUUAGAACAUUAAUUUUCUCAGCUUUAUUUUAGUCUUGGUUUUCUAAAUUGUAAAUACAGUUAUUAGUGUGUUAAGCUGAUUAGAAUCCUCAUAUUUUAACUCCCUAGUAAGAAUGCAGAGUGAAAGAUUUUGCAAUGUUCGUAUUCAUUCUUGAAGCUAAAUCUAGGAGCUAAACAGGGCUGAGUUAUUUUAAACAUAUAUUUGAAUGCGUACAUUAUAUUAGAGAAUUUAAGACAAACUUCCUAGCAGAUUAUUGGUACAAGCAAUUUCUUAAAUAUGAUGUCUCAAGAAAAGUUCUGCAACAGUUAAUAAGUCACUGUAUGAGUCUAAUUUAUUCAGUUGGUGCAGCAGUUUAGGUGCCGGUGUAGGGGUAACUUGAGCAAGAAGGGUGGACAACCAUUUUAGAUCUCAUGGCGGACAAUCCAGAGAGAACGAUGCUGAAGAAAACUGGGAGAUACUGAAAGCAUUUUCACUGAGUUUAGAGUACUUUUCAGAAGAUCUUACUACUUGGGAGGUCAGUGCGUGCAAGUAUGGUUUAUUCAUGGACAUUUUCAUGUGACACCAGGAUUCUAUCUGAAAGCUCACUGCAGGAGAAUAGUACAUGGUGCUCCAUGAGCCUUAUUUUUGAUUUCCCUACAGCAUUUGGUUUCAUCAGUUUUUGCUGCCGUUGCCCUGUGACACUUGAUGCAGUACAUUUCUCAUGUUAUCACCGGUGCCAACACGUGGAGAUAGGUGCAGUGAGUGCAGAAAAGCUCAUCCAACUGAAAAACUUAAUAUGUUCUGUAUAUAUAAUGAGAAGGAAAUGAGCAGUAAAUUAUAUUUCAAUUGCACAUAGUGACUCAAUUCAACUACAUAGGCAUAUUGUUACAAUCUACAUAAUUUAGACAGACAAUGGAUUGAGAAUUGAU